CAUAAAGAAGCAAUAUUCGUAUUUGCAGAAGAACCUAUGAUCGAUGAAAAGGUGAUAGAUGAAGGUUGUGUGACAAAAAGAAAUAUUAAUCAGAGAGAAAGUAAAUUAGUGGAUGUUAGGUGUAUUAAAGGUGAAUUGAUGGAGAAUGAUAGGAAUCGUAGUAAAUUUGGUGUUAGAAGAGAACUAAUGGUCAAAAAACUUGUAAAUGAUGAUAACAAUUGCAUUAGUGGAAUGUAUAAUCUUGGAUGUUGUUAUCGAAUCGGAAAGGAUGUUAGUAGAUCUACUAAUAUAGGUUGUGUUGAUGAAAUAAAUGAAGUUAAUGGUUAUUGUGGUAAUGGAAGUAAU